GUGGUUGCACCACUCGUGUCAUUCGUAAUUUGGGGAAGUUUGUAGUACGACGGGGAACUGCGAUCCUAAUUUAUAGAAUGACAGAACAAUCUGGAUAAAUGGCGAUUUUCAAAAAGAAACUUUACCAGCAAUGUUUUCUGUUUUUUGUUUUGUUUAUUCCACUAUCAGGUGUUUUUUGUUUCAGUGAACUCUCCUUCAUCAUCAUGCCCAGUGAUAUAACAGUGAUACCCAAGGAUCCAGUGGUCCUGGACUGUGUGGCCCACGGACAGCCUCCCAUCGUCAUCAGAUGGCUGAGGAAUGGAGUCAGGUUAGCGGAGAGCGAGCGGCAUCAGUUCCUGUCCAACGGCUCACUGUACAUACUGGAGGUCAGGGAGAUGGAGAAGGGAUCAGACGGAGGGUUCUAUCAGUGCCUCUCCCAGAACAAAUAUGGAGCCAUCCUAAGCCAAAGAGCCCGCCUGACUAUCGCAAAUAUCUCACCAUUCGUGGUGCAGCCCGUUCCUUUGGAGGUGACCGAGGGUUCCGUGGCCAGGUUCACCUGCCAGGUGACCUCUAACCCUCCUGCCACCAUCACCUGGGAGCAAGACCAAAGCACACUACCUUUGGAGACAGACAGAAUCACAGUCCUGCCCAACGGAGCUCUCCAGAUUCAAAACGUCCAACUAGAGGAUGCUGGGAAGUACCGUUGUGUGGCCACCAACAUCGGCAACCGGGUCAAGAGUAGAGAGGCAACACUCUCCGUCAUCAACCCAGGUUCUGGCCCUAAACCGCGUCAGAGGCCCCGGAUCAUUGCGGGCCCCCAAAACAUGACAGCUUCCCUCCACUACACCGUGGUCCUGGAGUGUGUUGCUACAGGCAACCCCAGUCCCAUCAUCUCCUGGAGCCGGGCCGACAGUAAACCCAUCGACGUGUUCAAUGCCAGGGUGCUGGGCAGUGGAAACCUGGUGAUCAGUGAUGUGAAGCCUCAGCACAGUGGAGUCUACCUCUGUAGAGCCACCACCCCAAGAACACGCAACUACACCAUCGCUGCUGCCAACCUCACUGUGCUAGAGCCCCCAUCGCUGGUGGAGAGACCCGAGAGCCAGACCCGUCCCAGGGCUGGCACUGCCCGCUUCAUGUGCCAGGCUCAGGGGGUGCCCCCGCCACGCAUCACCUGGCUGAAGAACGGAGAGGAGGUGCACCUGAACGGCAGGAUCAAGAUGUACAACAGUAAACUGGUGAUCACUCAGAUCACAACAGAGGAUGAUGCCAUCUACCAGUGUGUGGCGGAGAACGAACAGGGCAGUGUUCUGUCCCUGGCACGCCUCAUCGUGGUGAUGUCUGAGGACCGGCCCAGCGCGCCCAGGAACAUCCACGCUGAAACCAUCUCCUCCUCAGCCAUCCUACUGGCCUGGGAGAGACCCAUCUACAACGCUGACAAAGUCAUCGCUUAUUCUGUACACUACAUGAAGGCUGAGGGACUAAACAAUGAGGAAUACCAGGCGGUGAUUGGCAACGACCCGACCAGCUACAUUAUAGAUGACCUGGAGCCAUCCUGGAACUACUCUUUUUACAUGGUGGCUUAUAUGCCGAUGGGAGCUAGCCGUAUGUCUGACCAAGUCUGUCAACACACUCUGGAGGACGUGCCCCUGCGUAACCCAGAGCUCAGCCUGACCAGCCACAGCCCUACAGACAUCCAGGUUUUGUGGCAGCCUCUACCAACCAAACUGUCCCGUGGGCACAUCUGGGCCUAUCGUCUGUCCUACCGCACGGCUGCAGACACCACGGUUCUGUCUGUGGAGCUGGCCCAGAACAACACCCAGUACCUCCUGGGAGACCUUCAGCCUGAUACCGUCUACCUGCUCCAGAUCGCUGCAGCCACCAGGGUGGGGUGGUGUGAACCCUCCUCCUGGACCUCCCACCGUACUCCCAAAACCUCCAGCAUCAAAGUGCCACCUGCCCCACUGCUGCAGCAACUGGAGCCUCUCAACUGCACCUCCAUCUUGGUUCGAUGGCAGCCAUCUCCAGGCCCCGUGGUCGUCCAGGGUUACCGGCUCUGUUACCAUGAGGAGGGUCAACCAGAACAGCCCUCCAUCCAGCUCCAGCCUGAGGACACAGAAUACACUAUCAGUGGUCUGGACCCAAGGAGGAAGUACCAGGUGAAACUGUUGGCAUUAAGUCAUGUAGGAGAUGGUUACCAGGCCGACCAGACACUCAGCACCCCAGGAUGUGUGUCAAUCCGUGAGCACCUGGUGGCCCAGCCUCCAGCCCCGGACCAUGUGAAUGCGGUGGCUAACAGCUCGUCAGCGGUGUACCUGCGUUGGAGCCGUCCUGCCUUCUCCUCUAGGAAGGUUGUUAGCUACACAGCUCGUUGUACACCUGUGGGCCUGAUGAACGCAUCAGCCAUACGCUACAUACAGACUACCAAUCAGACUGUGGCGAUACAGGGUCUGGAACCCAACACCCGCUAUGAGUUAGUGGUGCGUCUCCAUGCCGACCAGCUGUCCAGCCCCUGGAGUUCUGUUGUCCACCAGAGGACCCUUCCUGCAGCGCCCAGCCAUCCACCUGAAGGUGUGAGGGCGUCUCUGAUUGAGGACGGCACAGCCCUGGUUUCCUGGAGGGAACCAGAGGAGAACAACCUGGCAGUGACACACUACACCAUCCUGUACGCCUCACAGAGGGCCUGGCUGGCUGGACACUGGCAAACACUGCAGAGGGAGGGAAGUAACACCAUGGUCCUGCUGGAGCGUCUGGAGCCUGGUAACGUCUACCUGGUGAAGAUAUCUGCCUCCAACCUGGUGGGAGACGGGCCCUUCUCUACCACUGUGGAGCUGGCCCUGGGGCCUGGGCCUAGACACAGAGGGAAGAGCCCCAGGCAUUCAGACAGCGGAUCCUCCUCAGACACUACAGUGUUCUCUGAUGGCCUGUACCACAUGGACCAGAAGUCCAUGACAGGCAUCAUGGUGGGGGUCUGCAUCACUCUGGCUUGUAUCGCCAUCUGUGCCCUCAUCCUCAUCAACAACGGCAGAUCCAGGAAAUCGUCCAUCUGUAAGAUCAUCGACGUAGUGAACAGUGAGAGACCCCACGGUCCACGUGCUGGUUUGGCCCUGGCCAAUGAACGCCAGGCUGACAACAUAGAGGCCCUGAUGCCCGUGAUGACACAACACUUCAUUGAUGCCAAGGGUGGUUCUAACCUGGUGGUUAGUAGAACAGGUCCAGUCAAUGGCAGCAACCGCGGUAAGAGAUGGCAAUUCUUCAAGAGGGAGAGACGUAAUACAAAUACAAGCCAGGCUGAGAACAGAGUGUGUCUGUACGAGGCAGGGAAGACCGUGCUGUGUUACGAGGAUAAGGUAGACGCUCUGUCCCUCCAGCCCUCCAGCCUGCAGAUCCUGUUCGGGCCACUAGGGGGCUUACAGAGCUCCGUGGGUAGCAGUCAGGGAAGCAGCUCUGGGACCACUGAGGCCAGCGAAGGAAGCCACGAGACAGGAGACUCCGGUCACUACUCCAACGAAGAGAUGAGCAACGAGAGUGAGAUUGAGUAACCCGUCCACAGCUACGUUCGGGCCGUAAUUCCAGGCAUGCGUCCUUCGGGUCGGAGUUGGAUGACAGCUCAACUCCAGAGGAUGAAGAGUGUUUUAGAAGUGGAGGAAGAAGGAAAGCCUGGUUUUAAAGUGGAAUCUGAGGUGACGACACCAAGCCAACCCUUACCAUCAUCACCAUCACCUCCACCGGCCUGGUUAUGACACUGUCCAGCAGCCCUCACGUCCCUGUUCCCUCUCAGCUGAGGAAACUGCUUAUCCUGCCCAGGGCACGGUCCAGUCAGCAGGCUCCUCCUGACGAUAUGCUACCCAGCCUGAAUGUGACUUAUCUACAGCUGAAGCUGCCCACUUCUCUCCCUUCUUGGCCUCUUGAAAACAGGUCCUUGGGCAUAGAACAUACGAGGAGUUAUGAGGAGGGAUCAGGAAGUUGAAGAUUGAAGAGGAAACAGGUGUUUUCUUCAGGUCUACCUCAGGAUAUUUGUAAAUUAAUGUUGUUGUUUUCCUGUUUCAUUUUGAUCUCAUUUUCAGUCUGUCUGGUUUUCGUCUGUGUGUCUGUUCGGUCUUUAGGGCUGGUUUUUGAACACAGAUUAAGCCUUGUCCUGGAUUGGUGACAGGUAUGUUAUGGGAUCCUGAAAAACAUGUUUAGUGAUAUUCUCCAUUCAAAGUGGCUUCUUUGUACAGGACCAGGCUUAAUCUGUGUCCAGGGAAACGAGUCCUUAAUGUCUGUUCUAAACCAAAGCUCACGCCAAAAAUGAAUGUUCAAAAGAAUGUCAAGAAAUCUAUUGCUAUUGUGAUACAUUAUCUAAUAUGUUAAUGUUGAUUUAUUUCUUCCACUGAAAUAGAGGGUGUAGUUGGUGACCACUCAUUGCUGAUUGUCUACCUCAGUGACUCUGAUUGUAUAUAGUGCUGCCUCAUCUUAACGGUAUAUUGUGCAGUGCUGUAAAAAGUACUACCUCAUCUUAACAGUAUAUUGUGCAGUACUGUAUAUAGUACUACCUCAUCUUAACGGUAUAUUGUGCAGUACUGUAUAUAGUACUACCUCAUCUUAACAGUAUAUUGUGCAGUAUUUCCCCAUAACUCAGGGAAUGAAAUUGAAAACAUUUAAAAGCCAUGUCUAACCUGCAUUAAUAUCUUGCAGGACUUAUAAAGGCUUAAUUUGUUUAGAAGUUUUGUGAAAAUUCCUUUUGAAUUAUUAGAUGUUUUUUUACAAGGUUGGAAAAGCUUUUAAGUUUUGAAUGAUGAGUCUCUUCAGUAUAGUUCUACUAUUUAAGUGCAUUAGAUAUCAUCAGUCUCUAUUUGAGUAAGAUCAAGUAACCAAAAAUAAACAUUUAACUGGCAUUUCCAGUCCUUAAAAGCUUUAAAAUGGCCUCACAACGUGGAAAAGGGCUAUGCAGAUGACCGUAGAUAUAGAGAUCCAAAGAAAGGUAUCCAAAGAAAGAGUUGUUCGCCUAUAAGUAAACAAAACCUCAAAAGCAACAACAAUAACAAAAAAUUAUACAUGCAAUAGGCACACAGAUUUUGCCAAAAUCAUGGAUUCUAUGUACAACCGUUUCCACAGAGUUCUACAAGGAACUCAAAAGGGUUCUACCUGGAACCCAAAAAGGUUCUACCUUGAACCAAAAAGGGUUAACCUAUCAGGACAGCCAUGGAACCCUUUUGGAACCCUUUUUUCUAAGAGUGUAUGUCUAUUCCUCUUUGAGUUGAAUGAAUUUCUUAUUGUACAUUUUUAUACCUGGUUGAAAGCUUUAACUCUUUGUCUGUCUUUCAGACAAUUGUUCUCCGUUUGCAUUCUAUCUAAAUCACUGAUACUAAACGCAGCAGUGACACAUAUGUCCCACUGAGCAAAAACUGGUUCAAUCAGUGUUUCCACAACAAAAAUGCAAUGCGAUAACAUUGAAUCAAUGUGAAAAACUGAUUGGAUUUGAAAAAAAGUCAUCGCUGUAAGAGAAUUUCAUAUUUUUUCAGCUUUUAACCUAAGUCCAAUGACAUGGCGACAUUUUUUGGUUUAUUUCAUGUUAGUUCACAACUCAACCAGAUGUAAUUCAAAACUAGACGUUGAAGUGACGUCUGUGCCCAGUGGGGCGCUAUCGGAUGCCUUCUAUCUAGAUCAUUGAUGCUAAAAGCAGCGGUGACACAGAUGUGCUAUUAGAUGCCAAAGAGUUGUCUACUUCCUCAAAUGGGGAGGACUGAUGGGUCCUUCAGAUUGAUCCUUGGAAUAAUGUAAUUUGAAGCCAGGGUUGGGAUCUGUUCCAUUUCAAAUGUCAAUUAUGGGAGUAAACUGACAUUCCAAUUCCAAUGCUUUUCAAUGAGCAAAGUUGGCAUUUUGAAUUUUUGUUAACUUCCAGAAUUGACUGAAUUGGAAUGGAAUUGAGUCCAACCCUGACAGUAGUUGCUGCUCACACAGGACCAAAGAAUCCAGUCAGUGUAUUGACAGUGAUAGUGGGUGGAUGAUGAUUUUUUAUUUUGGGGGAUUUUUCAUCCAUCAACCAGAUUCUAACCUGGCUACUACGAUAUUCUGUAUUCUAACCUGACUAAUACUAUAUUCUAUAUUUCAGUGUGACAAUACGACAAGGAUUCUGACUAUCAAAUCGAUAACGACUGUGUGAAGAGCAAUAUAAUCAAGUUUUAUAUCUUUGAAAAACAAAUAAUCUUAACCAAAGAAUAAUUUAAAGUCACUGUUGUUUAUUCAUUUGGUUUGACAUUUUUUACGUAACAGUAUUUGCAUAAUGUGAUAUGUUUUUAUGAUUUUGAUUCACUGGAAAGGGCAUUUUAUAGUCGAUUCGUGGUGAUGCCAAGUUCCAUUUUGUAUAGAGCGGCUUGAGAGGUCAAAAAGUGUUCAGUUUAGUUGUUGAUGUGAUUUCACCUUAAAGAUCUUAAAAGUUAACUUUGGGACUUUUAAAAGAUUUGUUAUUGUUUUGUUCUUUUAGGAUAAUUUUAUUGAGUGUUAACGCAUAUUUUUCACAGAUGGAUAUAAGAAAAGAUUGGUCUAUUUUCCCUCUGUCUGUGUUCUCAGAGCCUGUGCCAGUGGCAGGUUAGUCAGUGAGCCUGUUGCCAGUGCAGGACACCAAUUGAACAUUUUGAAUGUGUUGCUUAUUUUUAUUAUUUGACAAUUUUUAAAAAUAAUUUCCUGCUUUUGUAAUGCAUAUUUACCAUACCAUAUCAUUUAUAAUGUUUUUCUCUCAAUUGUUAAAACAAAGGUGUUUCUGUGUUACAAUGCACAAGCCAAACGGUUUGGUCCUCUCAAGAUUGUCUCAUCAUUUGAAUAAAACAGUUCCUGAAAAACUA